AUGGGCAUGGAGUUCCAGCGAGUGUUCGCCACGUUACCGGUACUCGUGGCACUUCCCUGUGCCAUAUUCCUGUACCAGAUUUCGGUGGUCCAUGCCACGCCUCUCCAGCGGGCGGCAGUGGCGGCGGUGUACGGGGUGGUGGCACUGGCGGUGCUCCGAGGACUCGCCCACUACAAGUUGAUUACUUACUCGCGAGAUAUCACCGCCGUGGCGUUCGUGUAUCUUGCGACAAACUUUGUGUCUCCGGCUCGGCUAGCGCCGUUGAUCAUGGGGUUGGUGUUGAGUCAGUGGAACCUAUACUUUGUGUUUGCCUGCUUAGUCGACUUCGCGGCUACUCGGUCGCUAGACGUGCUAAUUGGGUACUUUUUGGUGGCACUUGGCUACGUGAUUCUUCGACAUGCGUCUCGUCGGCUCCCUGUCUACGUCUAUGCUGUGGCAGCCGUAGUGGGGGCAGGAUGGCUCGUGUAUGCUGGGGCGCUCCCAGUGACCAUGAUAUUGGCUAAUGCCAUCGUGGUGGGGGUGCUUGUGAUCACCGCGGCCGAACUGCUGGUGGCCAGUCCCAUGGUGGUGCUGGCAGUGGCGUUCUUCUCGGUGGUGUUUGGGGUAAUAUUGAAUGAGGUGACAGUAUCGGUGGUCGAGAUCAUCCAGAUGUUUUUACCACUUCUGAUUGCCGUCGACACUCGGUUUGCCUCUGAUGACGAGAAAGAAACCAUGGAGGUGGACGCUAUCUCCAUCUCGCCACUGAUAUUGCUGCAUUUGAUGAGCCAUCAGGACACCAAAGCUAUAUUCAAUUUCUUGCUUUUGAAUUCGACGUUUAUGGUGGUUCAGUUGCUUUACUCGUUCCGCUCAAAAUCACUCGGGCUUUUAAGUGACUCGCUCCAUAUGGCCCUUGACUGUACGUCGCUUGCCCUCGGGUUGGUGGCGGGGGUGUUAGCGAAACAACCUAACGAUGCCAACUCCAAGUACCCAUUUGGCCUUAAGAACUUUGAGGUGGUAGCAGGGUUUACCAACGGUGCAUUGCUUGUGGGUAUCAGUGGUUCCAUUAUCUUUGAGGCAUUAGGACGCAUUGUCCACCCCGUAUCACUUGAAAAGACCACCGAGCUCAUCAUAGUAUCCUUCCUUGGGUUACUUGUCAAUUUGGUGGGUAUAUUUGCCUUCAAUCAUGGCCAUGACCACGGCCACGGUCACGGUCACUCUCAUGGCCACUCUCACGGCCACUCCCACGGACAUUCACAUGGCCACUCACACAAACAUUCUCAUGAUGACGCUCAUGAACACGAAUACCCGUUCAAGGCUGAUGACCACAGUGGAACUGAGGCUAACCUGACAGGCAUGAACGAAAACAUGCACGGCAUUUUUCUUCAUAUUUUGGCCGAUACUCUUGGACUGGUAGGGGUAGUGAGCUCAACUAUCCUUACAAAGAUAUUCAACCACCAGGUAUUUGACCCCUUGGCGUCCAUCGUCAUUGCCGUACUUAUUUUCCUCAGCGCAAUCCCUUUGAUCAAGCUGACAGCAUCACAACUUUUACUUCAGUUGCUGAAUAACCAUGAACAAUCAAUUCGUCAAGUACUUCAAGAAGUCUUGGCAAUCAAGGGGGUCAAGCUGUUUACCACUCCACGGUUUUGGCCAAAUCUGACACUGUCAAUCCAAGGUUACAUCCAUAUUCAAAUCUAUCGUGGCGAAAGCAUGAAUAACAUCAAAAGUCAAGUGCAACGAUUGUUUGAAAAGCAAAAGUUGGAUGUGAUGAUUCAAAUGGAGAAUGACUAUGAUCCCUGUUGGUGUCGUAAGUAA